GGAACCUGAAGUCAAACAGUGAUUUCUGCCUGAAGUAGAACUAUUCAUAAAUAGCUGGUUUUACCUGCUGGGCUAAACUAGCAAAAAUCUCAAUCUAAAAUCAGACAUUAUAGUGAUCUUUGAUAAAUCUGUUAUCAGGGAGCUAGAUACCAAUACAGAGUCCUCUGCCCAGCCGAUCAGCAAUCAGAACACAGGUGGCAAAAUAUAAACCGAGAGAAUCUCCAGGAUUCACAUUUGUCAAACCAGCUUCUUUUCCCAAAUUGGAGAGCGCAUUCUUCCACUACAUUCACAUCACAGGGUGUCACAUAGACCAUAAUGCCGGGUGUGGUGAGUGCUGAUCUAUUUGAACAUGCCAUUCCCAUGUUACCAUUCCUUUCAACAUUUGCGAGUCAGAAGCGUUUUCAAUGCAACAGCUCCCCGGUGAGGCAGGUGCAGAAUCUUAUGAUAAUCACCAUGAUGUUUGUGAUGCUCCUCUUCGCCAAUGAUGUUUUCGACGUUGGAUAUUAUGUUGUGUGCUAUGAAAAUGAAACACUUGUUCAAAAAAAGGACAACAAGAUGUGUAUUGAAAAUAUGAAGCCAUCAACUGAACCACAAACCCCUGAGUACCUAACGCUAUGCGUAGGAAUAUUGCUCGGACUAAUGUUCCUCAUCAACAGACUCUGGGAAUUUUACUUCCAAAAUUGGAUUCGCCAACAUGUGGAUGAGGUGAUCUAUGAGAUGAAUGACAGUUUAUACCGGGCUAUGAUGGUGAAGAUUGGUGAAAACGCUCAUCAGCAAACAGAGAGAAUAAGGAUUUACAAGGAGCCCCUGAACCUGCAUAUCGAAGAUAUCUCCCCCAUGGACUGCGGGAAACGUCGCUGCAUUGUAGUUUGUUUUUUCAUUAAAAAUGUAGCUUAUUGUGCUGUGUUAAUAGCACAUGCCUGUAUCCUCUCAAGGAUGGUCACAAAUUAUGAGGAUGAAAAGCAAGAGUGCCAACUUGAGAACAGAUACCUUGUUUGCACUAUUCCAGAAUAUCACACUUUGUGGUGGAUUAAAAUAACAGCUAUUUUCUGCAGUAUCUUUAGCUGCAUAAUAAUUAUUUUUAUUAUGUGUCGUGCGUUGUGCAAUUCAAAAUGCAGGUAUGACUCUUUCUUCAAAGUUUAUAACACCAAUGUUAUACCUCAUUAUAAUUAUACAUCAUUGACACUUCAAUCUCCGUCUUCAGCUUGGGGUGUAAUCCUUCUCUAUUUGAAAGAGAACGAUUUCCUGCUAAUGCAUUAUGGGUAUUUGAAAAGUAUAUGCACUUUAAACAAGACUCCUGAUAACAAUGAAAGCAGUCCUCUUCUCUCAAGUCACAAAGGCCUCAAUCUUCUAAAGAGAAUGAAACAGCAAGUUCUCACUGAUUAUUUCAACAGAGAUCUGUCCGACGGGUCACAGUUUCAGGGUGAACCUGAUGGCUCGCAAAAUUAGACUUCUUUUUGACAUUGAACUGACACCAUUUACACUCCAUCGCAUGGACCGCCUAUUUCCACCUCAGUAAUAUUGUCCUUCUCUGCCCCUGCUUCAGUCCACCUGCUGCUGAAACCAUCCAUGCUUUUGUUAAAUGCAGACUUGAAUGUUCCUAUGCUCUCCUGCUGGUCUCCCAUCUUCUGUUCGUGCUGCAAUUUUGUCAGAAUGAACUGCAUGCUCUACUUGUAAGUGAGAGCAGCUGUUACUAAUUGGUAUAUUCUUAAGUAUAUAUAAGAACCUGUUUCCACCUGUGGGGAAGAAAAAAAGAAAUAUCUGAGUUUUGUGAAUAAACCUAUAUUAAGGAAAGUCUGGCUCCAGAUUACUCCUUUGCUCAGUGAAUGAGCAAUGAGUUAUAACAUCCUCCCCCAACCUUCCAAAAAUGUGAGCUCAAAUGAGACAUUGUAUUUUAUCGUGUACCAUGUCCCAUUCAUCCAGCACCCCUGUGUCUGCUGACCUACACUGGCCACUGAUCCACCAAUGCCUCAAAUUGAAAAUCCUCCUCCUUGUAUUCAAAUCCUUCUGAAGUUCAGGGUCCAGACAGUGGAGGCACAGCUGCCAAUGGUGGAGUGAAGCAAGAGGGGAAUGCAGAAGGGGCCAGAGUUGGAGGAAUGCUGAGACCUUAGAAGGUUGUAGGGUUGAAGGAGGCUAUAGAAAUAGGGAAUUGCCUCCCUCUACCCUAAGUCACUCUCGCCUCCUUUAAGAUGUGCCUUAAAACCUAACUCUUCAGUGAAGUGAUUGAUCUCCUUCUUUGUUUUGUUGCUGUCCGAGUUUCCUUCUAUGUUCAACUAUUGUUCUAUGUUCUAUUACGAGGUUUUACUUUGCUAAAGGUGCAAUAUAAAUGCAAGUGGUUAUUGUUGCUUGGGAUUUUAUUAACCAGGACUGAACUGGUCCUCUGCUUGAUUAGUAUAUUAGGACAAUGUGCAAAUGAUUAUUCAGUUGAUUAUUUUUGUUAAAGAUUCAGAUUAUUGAGAAAAAUACAGGAGGAAAACAUCUUGGAACUUCCAAAUAGCUUUGGGGCUAAUUGCACAACCCAGUAUAAUACUGAGCCAUAUACAGCAGGGAGGUCCCAGGUUUGGUCCCAAGUCUGUGCUAAGUUCUCUGAUCUCAGCUGGGAUGGUGCAAUAGUUACCCAUUGCAGCCCAGGUUAUUCAGGGAGCAGAUCCUAUUCCUCAUCAUUAUUGAAAGACUCUUCCUAGGGAUCUCAGGUAAGGAUAGAAUCAUCCAAUGCUCUUUAUAAGCAAAGUGCUUUCUCAAGAUUCAUUUUAGAUUGAGGCUUUCAGGUUAGAAUAAAGCCGAUAUAAACAUUGUAUCAUUAAAAGAUAGACAGUUGAAGAUUGAAAUCUGGUCUAGUCAAGCCUGUCCUUGGAACAUUUUAAGUGAAGGACACCUCCAUUCAUUCUUGUUGUAUUUUAUAGAAUGGUUUAAGGAGGUUGGAGUGUCAGAAGUCAAAAAUACGUUGUUUUAUUUCAGAAUGAGAAAGAGAUGGUAGAAUAGGCGGCUGUUAGACUAAAGGGAAAUAAAGUAAUGGAUGGGUGGCUAUCCUGAGGAAGGACAGUCAAGAAUAACAGGGACUUUUUAACUUAUUUAAGGAAGCUAACAUUUUUAGAACAUUCUCAGACAGGACAUUCUCAAGUGAAGGCAAGACAACCUGAGUCUGGUUACCUAAGAACCUUGUGUUAUUAGUCAGGUUUUAUAUCAAUGUUUUAUUCACUGUGUAACUGUUUAAUAAGUACAAAGGUAGCAUUUUAACUCACUGGUUUCUUG